AUGAGGAGCAGCGUAAGAUGGCUGGCGACGACGCUGCUCAUCAUAACAGGUUGCGCGGAGAAUGCUCAGGAGGACAUUCGACCCGAUUUGAGCAAGUUCUCUAUAUGCUCUGUUCUCAGCUCUAGCCUUCCAGACUCAGUCUACUUUCCUGAUGAUCAGGUCUAUCAAUCACAGACGGACUCAUACUGGGCGACGAAUCAAGGAGAGCUCGCGGCAGCAUGUCGCGUCACGCCACGGAGCCGCGAAGAUGUGCAGAAGGCCAUGUGGGUACUGUCGCGGAGUAGUAAGAGCAGUACUUUCGCCGUGAAAAGUGGUGGUCAUUCUGCCGUUGCAAAUACCUCGAACAUGGAAAGUGGUGUUGUAAUUGACCUCGAGUUGCUUAACCAUAUCAAUGUUGAUACGGAGAUAGGUAUCGUUGACAUUGGACCUGGCGCACGAUGGGCGGAUGUAUAUCGACACGUUGAUAUGUUGCCUGGAAUCUAUGGUGUCGCUGGUGGCAGGGCAGGAUCUGUCGGUGUUGGAGGCUAUUUCGUCGGCGGAGGACUUUCUGUUUUCACAGGCACACAUGGUUGGGCUUGCGAUAAUGCCGUUGCCUUUGAGAUUGUGCUUGGUAAUGGCAGCAUUGUUCAGGCCAGUCAUCGGAGCCAUCAGGAUCUGUUCAGAGUAAUCAAGGGUGGUGGGAGCAAUUUUGGGAUCGUGACAAGAGUGAAGACUCGAUUGAUACCGCUUGAGCGGCAGAUUGACGUGACCCAGAUCUCGUAUGAUUGGACUCAGCUUCCUACAGUAUUGGAAGCUUUGAGCCGAUAUACAGCUGAAGCAGACACUGAACCCGAGACGACAGUAUCAGUGAGUAUUGGUGGUCUCAUGAAUGGUGGUGCUAUGUUGGUUACAGUGGUUCUGACAAGCCUCUACGACACCUACCUGAGCGAAUCAUUGAGACCUUUCUUCAAGAUCAGACAUGUCUUCAUUCAACGACAAAGAAGAUCCCAGCUAGACAUCGCGCGAUUAUACGACAGCUCGGAGCCGAAAGGCUUCCGUGAACACCGCACCACCACGACUGUCGAGAACGACGCAUUUCUUCUGUUGAUGAUGGCUCGAAAUUUCUCUGACACUGUUGCGCCUGCCGUGGCGAAGCUGAAGGAAACCGGUUCGCAAGGUGGACUGCUACUUCAGCCGCUUACUUUAUCACAUCUCAGACAUUCGAAGGACAACAUGAUAGGGUUGCAUAAAGCAAAAGAACCGUUAAUUCUCAUAUCAACUGUGAUUCGUCACUCACAGCCAGAGACGGAUGAGAAAGUCGAAGAUCUGCUUUUGGAUCACAUGAGACAGGCGAACGAGUUGGCUCUAAGACGAGGUUCCGCACAUGCUUGGAGGUAUUUGAACUAUGCAGGUAUCGAUACGGACCCUUUCGAGUAUCACAAAGGCGAUGAUAGACUGUGGUCAUUCGUGCUUGCGACGAAGGAGAAAUAUGAUCCAUCGAACGUUUUUGGGGAACAGAUCCGGGAUCCUUUCAGGAUCAAUAGCUAA